AUGGCACACACCCGGCUGCGUCCGACCCCGGCCUCCGGGCGCCAGGCCGAAGUUCCCCGGGCCGGGCUGCAGGCGGCGCGGGCACGGCCGGGCGCGGGCUCGCGGGGACUUUCACCUGCUCGGCGGGCAGCGCGGGGGCGGCCCGGCGGCGGGCGGGGCCUCGGCGCCCCGCGGGAGGAGCCGGCCCGGGCCCGCCCCGCAGGAGGAGCCGCUCGCCCGCGGCCGAUCCGGCGUCUCCGUGACAGGCAACCCCGCCGCCGCCGCCGCCGCCGCCGCCGGCUUUUCUUCCUCGUCCCGGGCCGUCCUCGCCCUGCUCCGGGGCCGCGCCGCGCCCAGUCCCGCUCGGGGCCGCGCGCCCUCCGUCCCCUCCCCGGCCGGGCGCCGCGCCGCCCACUCCCGCGCGCCUCGCCCGCCGCCCUCCUCGCCGGCAGGAAUUGCGCGGCCACAGCGCCGCUCGGUCGCCCGCAUCCGCGCCGCCGGCCUCGGCGCCGCUUCGUGUCCCGGCUCCCGCGGCCCCGGUGCGGCCAGGGCGUCCCCAGCCCGGCGCCCCUCACUCAGCCCGUGCUUCCUCCACGCGCCGUCGCGCCCGCCUCCCGCCUCCCCUCCCCGGGGUCUCGCCAGCCCCUUCCUGCCGCCGCCGCCUCCGGAGGAACGGGUCCACCGCGGGUCACCAUGCCCAGCAAAACCAAGUACAACCUUGUGGAUGAUGGGCACGACCUGCGGAUCCCCUUGCACAACGAGGACGCCUUCCAGCACGGCAUCUGCUUCGAGGCCAAGGUCAAGAAUUUUGCAGCAUCCUCAAGUGAGGGAAAUCACUGGCAAAUUCCUUUGAUUGGAUAAUGCAGCUCUUCUCAAACUUUGUCAUCUAUCAGAAUCACCUGGAAACUAAUACAAAUACAGAAACCCAGGCUUGUUGAAGUCACAUGGGGCCUGGAUCUGUGUCUUUGCUGUGUUUUCUGGUAAGAAUAAUGGAGUUGGAGCACUGGCUGGCAAACUUGGCUACUCAUUGGAAUCACUCGGGAGUUAAAAAAAAUUACCGAAGGCUGGGUACUCUCAGCGAUUUUAAUUCGGUUAGUAUGGGGUGCAGCCUGCAUGUUACAAUUUUUAUAUCUUCUAUUUCUUUGCUGAGACUUUGUGUUUUUUUCAUUUGUUUCAGGCAUAUUUGUAAUUGCUUGUUGAAGUAUUUUUAUGAAGGCUGCUUUAAAAUCCUUGUCGGAUGAUUCUAAUUUAUCUGUCAUCUUGGUGUUGACGUUGGUUGAUUGUCUUUUCUCCUUCAUGUGGAGACUUUCCUGGUUCCUGGAAUGAUGAAUGGGUUUUGAUUGAAACCUGGAAGUUUUGGGUAUUAUGAGAUUCUGGAUCUUAAUGAAAUUUUCUGUUUUAGGAAGACUCCUCUGCCAGUGCGCUGGUUGGGGAAGGAGAGUGCUGCCUCAUUACGGUUGGGUGGCGGGUGGAAGUCCAGAUUAUUUACGGCGUCAGCUGAUACCCCUCUGGGAUGCGGCAGGAGUGCCUCAUUACUAUUGCUCCGUAGCUUCCACUGAUGCUCUGACUUAUUAUUGCUGGGUGAUGGUGAAAGUUCCAGCUUGGCACUAGGCCUCCUCUUGACACCCCAGCAAGGAGGGGAGGAGGCCUUUUCCUCUCCCAGGUUGGGUGGACAUCCCAGUGUCCUGGCUUCCCAUUCAGCCUUCUGUGACACCACCUGGAUGAAGGUAAGGUUGGAACAUCUCUUUACAACGGCUGAGAGCAGAAGUCUAGUUUCCUGACUUGGCCGAUAGGGGUGAGGUUUGGGGGCACGGCUUUUUUCUGCGAUGUUUGGCUGGAGUAGAGCUGUUAUUGUCUAAAAGUUUUCUGUCGUGUGAGGCUGCCUCUUUCUUAGUCCUUUGGCUAGAGAAGGCUGGCUUUCCUUGGACAUUUUUUUGUCUGUGUCUCUUGGUAUUUCUGGGUCUCUGGCUUCUCCAGCAACCAGUCUGGGAUCUGUGAGACAGAAAGAAAACCUAGGGAACACAGUUGCAUGUCGUUCCUUGCAUGCUGAGGUCCCUGGCUGGUCUGCCUUCUUCUCUCCGUCUUUCUGAGUCUUCUUAUGCUUGUUUUCUGGAUAAUGCCUGGAGUUUUUGUUGUUAGGAGGAACAGGGAAAAGUAUGUCUACUCUGUCUUUCUGGAAAUGGGAGUUCCCCGGAGAUUGGGAGUUUUAAAAGCUCCCCAGGUGAUUCAAAUCAAAUCAAGGUGCAGAAUAUGAGAAUCUCAGGGUUGGAGCACUGGAGCAGGCAAAGGUGGUUCUGGUGGAAGGACCAAGAGGACCUGGAAUCUUCCCCAAGUGGUGGUCUUUAUGAAAGAUUAUGUACUCCUUCAUAAAUUCUUAUCACUUAGUCACUUUCCUUCCAUAGACUUAGAUUUUUUUUUCUGUAUGGCCCUGAGUCUGACUUGUGUUCCCUGAGUAUAAUUCUUAAAUGCAGGUGUAGAAAUAGUCUAAUUGUAGAGGAAGUAUUUAGUGUGCUCCUACUGUGUUUAGGGCACGGUGCUUGGUGUUAAAGUUCAGAGAGAGAUGAGACAAGAUGGUGACUUGAAGGAGAUCACUGUAGCUGGGAGAUACUGAUAUGUGGAAAGAUAAACACAAUGAUAGUAUUAUGUAUUAGCACACGUGUGCUGGGUAUUCUCCUAGGUGUUUUAUAAACGUUCAUUUAAUUCUUCCAACUACGCUGCAUGAUAGAUGUUAUUUUCUCCCUUUCAUCAUUGUGAUUUCAAAGGCUCAGUAUUAAGUGCCUUGUCCAAGGUCACUCCAUAUCCAAUUCAGGGACAAAAUUGACCUCGACUUCGGCGCUGGAAUGAGGCCUUGCUUUUUCCACCUGGACGUGUCCCACUAAGCUUUCUUCAUGAGUGUGUCAUGGGGGUGCUGCUGAGCUCAUCCAUUUAUAUUUCUCCCUGGACCCAGGACAAUUUUGGAGGCAGCUGUUAUUAGUGGCUUAGUCUGUGACUUUGGAAUGGACCUUGUAGGGACUUGAAAUGAUUCUUGAGACUUAAAAAUAUCACUGUAGUAAUUCUGUGGAGAGUGGGGUGGGGGGCAAUAAUAGACCUGGAGAGACUGUUCGGGAAGCUCAUCCUGUACUUCAGGCAAGGGAGGGUAGUCGCUGGAAUUAGGGCCCGUCUUCCACUCUGGAAGUUGCCAAGAGGUAUAAGGCAUCUUUUAGUUUGGAAUGAGCACAUGUGUAAGUAAAGAAGGGAAGUGAGGUAAGCGAAAUGGAGGAAAAGUGUGGUCUUGUGAUGUGAGUGGGGGAGAGGAGGGUUUAUAUGUAGGCUUUUAGUAUUUUUUUUUAAGGGGGAAGGAGAUAAGAGAACUAUAGAUAAUGAAGAAAUGACAGAGAGGUAGGACGACCCGUACCCCAGGAGGCUUUAAAUACCAGGCUCAAGAGACAUGGCUUCAUCUUGCCAAUAGUGGGGAACAAAAAUGCGUGUUCCUAGGGGAUGAUAUAAAUAUAUAUAUUUACAUAAUGUAUAUAUGUGUCUACUCACACACACACAGAGUCGUGUAUUAGGAAGAGGAAAUGGAUAAGAGCUGCUGUAAAAAUAGAAAAGAGCGCUGAGGACUAGUGCUGAAGUCCAGGUGUGAGGACCUGAACCAGGACGACGAUGGCGGGUGUGGAAAUGAAGGGAUGGAUGUAAGAGAAAUUACAAAGACUCGAUACAGCAAUCUGUCUUGUGUUCUUAGGGCCAGGCUGCAUUUGGGAAGGAGAAUCAGAAAUUGAAAGCAUCAG